ACCACCGCCUUUGCGUCAACCAUCCUCACACAGUCAGUGACACAACACAACAUCAGCCCUCGCAGCAUCCGCAUCUCACGGCCAGGAGGACCAGGAGCACAUCCUCAUCUAAGCAUCCAUUCCACAACUGCCUACCAUCGUCUGCGCACCAGGCGUGUUCAUCCACCGCUUGCUUUUUUCUUUUUGCCUCGGCUCGGAUUAUUUUCUGUGUUGCAUUUUUAUUCUCCGAGAUGGUUUCAUGUUUUAAUCGCGUUUUAUAAGGAAAAACAGGCUCGAGACACGGAGCAUCAUCUAUACAGCGCAAUUAUUCUCUCAUCAAGCUGGAGAUCUGCAGUGGCCAUCUGGAGACGCAGACAAAGAGCUGAAACACAACAGAGCCUGUUCCAGUCGAGGUGAUCGUUAUUCCCUCAGAGGACAAUCUCCUUCCAGACUUUAAAUGCCCAGCGGCAGCCUGUAGCCCGGGACUCUCAGCUCCCAGAAGCAUUGAAGCACUGAGACCCUCAGGAUCUCCCCUGGCAGACGCUCCUCUGACCCAGUGCGGCUGAAGCCCCUGGACGCCUCCCCGCAGUCACCAUGGGAACCGUGCUGUCCUUGUCACCUAGCUACCGAAAGGCGGCUCUCUUUGAGGAUGGACCGGCCACUGUGGGCCACUACACGGCCGUCCAGAACAGCAAGAACGCCAAAGACAAGAACCUGAAGCGCCACUCGCUCAUCAACGUGCUGCCGUGGAAGCGGAUUGUAGCGGUGUCAGCCAAGAAGAAAGGCUCCAAGAAGGUGCAGCCCAACGGCACCUACCAGAACAAUGUCACCCACCUGAACAAUGAAAACCUGAAGAAGUCGCAGUCCUGUGCUAACCUGUCCACCUUCACCCAGGACCAGAGCACUCCAGCUCUCACCAAGAGCUCCAACAACACAGCGUCCUCUGUCAAGAAGGCCCCCCUGACCAACUCCAAUGUGGCCCCCGGGACCCCUAAGAGGGUGAUCGUCCAGGCCUCCACCAGUGAGCUGCUGCGCUGCCUCGGGGAGUUUCUGUGCCGGCGUUGUUACCGGCUCAAACACCUGUCACCCACUGACCCAGUGCUGUGGCUGCGCAGCGUGGACCGCUCCCUGCUGCUGCAGGGCUGGCAGGACCAGGGCUUCAUCACCCCCGCCAACGUGGUCUUUGUCUACAUGCUGUGCCGCGACGUGGUCUCCUCCGAAGUGGCCACGGAGCACGAGCUGCAGGCCGUGCUGCUCACCUGCCUCUACCUGUCCUACUCCUACAUGGGCAACGAGAUCUCCUACCCGCUCAAGCCCUUCUUGGUGGAGAGCUCCAAGGAGACCUUCUGGGACCGCUGCCUGUCCAUCAUCAACCUGAUGAGCGCCAAGAUGCUCCAGAUCAACUCCGACCCGCACUACUUCACUCAGGUCUUCGCCGACCUGAAGAACGAGAGCCAGAAGGAGGAGGAGAGGAGCCGCCUGCUCAUCGGCCUGGACCGGUGAGGGGAUGCUAGGGGGCGGGA